AUGAACCCUCUGAAACGCACCAUCGAUCCGCUAGCGAGUCAACUCUCACGACCGUUCAGCUCCUCUGCAUCUCAGCUGGCUGAGAUCCCUCAGGAUUUCCUCGACUCCAUCAGAACGCAGAACGGCCCAGAUGGGGAACAGUGGGAAAAUCAGUUUCGCGAGCUAGGGAUAGAAUUGAGGCAGCUGCAAGUUACACCUUCCCCUCAUUUGAUCGAUGUGAAGAGUACCGGAGCACAACUAACAUUGCUCCAACUUGCAGGACAAUCGUAUCCAGGUCGUUCGCGGACAUGGUGGGAGAGCCCACAAGUCACACAACGAUCCAAAAGACCCGGUCUUGGUACUGUCGUUUCACCUGGAGACUAUAAAGGGAACGCGAGUUGGUGGUGUCCACAUGCAUCUGGAUGGGACCUGGAAGUUCUAAACAAGGCUGGAAUCAAGGGGUUGAUUCUAGAGACUAUCGAGGAGGAGACUAGGGAGACUUGGGAUGCUGCGAAGAAAGCGGAAAACUAA